CCUCUCUUUUCCACAGUUACUAAAGGCAUACUUUUUUUUUUUAGGCUUAAAUACAAAAUAAGAAUGUCGAUAGUCACAGUCCAGCUUGGUCAGUGUGGUAAUCAAAUUGGUCAUGAGGUGUUUAAUGCUAUCUGCAGUGACGUCUAUGGCACACAUGGGUUAUGUUCCAAGAAGGAGAACGAAUCCUACCAUGAUGCUUGCAAAGAACGUUUUUUCUGCGAGGAGGAAGCUGAAGUACCUGUUGCCCGAGCUGUACUUGUUGACAUGGAACCUAAAGUAAUCAGCCAGACCUUAUCAGUGGCGGCUGGGUCUGGCUACUGGAAAUACAAUGAUCGGUCACACUUCUGUCAGAAGCAAGGGUCUGGGAACAACUGGGCAAAUGGUUACUCUGUUCACGGCCCUAGACACAAAGAAGUAAUAAUGAAUCUGGUACAAAAAGAAGCAGAGAAAUGCGAUCGUCUCAGUGGAUUUUUCACAAUAAUGAGCAUGGCUGGUGGUACAGGAUCCGGCUUGGGAGCAUUUGUGACCCAGUGUUUAAGAGAUGCUUUUCCAACCUCAUUUGUACUCAACCAUGUUAUCUGGCCCUACGGCACUGGGGAGGUCAUUGUUCAAAACUACAACUCUGUUUUAACUCUGUCACAUCUGUACCAGUCAUCAGAUGCCCUUCUUGUGCAUGAAAAUGAUGUCAUCCACAAGAUCUGUGCUCAGCUGAUGAAUAUUAAACAGAUCUCCUUCAGGGAUGUAAAUCAAGUUAUUGCACAUCAACUGGGGAGUGUUUUCCAGCCCACUUACACAGCGGAAAGUGGCUUACACUACAGCAGAAACCCGUUAGGAGCCUUAAUGGAGACGUUAGUUCCACACCCCGAAUUCAAGAUGUUGGGUCUUCGUAACAUACCUCAGAUGCCUGAAAACUCCCUUGCUUAUAGCACAUUCAGUUGGCCUGGACUCAUCAAACAUUUAAGACAGAUGCUCAUUGCUAAUGCUAAAAUGGAGGAAGGUAUUGAUUGGCAAGUACGACCACCACGUCUAGGCUCCUCCAUCCUUUCCAGUCAUUCCACAAAGAAGCCGCUGCAUUUCAAUACUUCCAUUGCCAACCUGGUUAUCCUGCGAGGAAAAGAUAUGCACAGCGUUGACUUAGGAAGUUUCCGAGAUCCCUCGUUAUAUACAUCCUGGCUAAACCCUCGGGACGCUUUUAAUGCAUGGAAAACACCAAGAGCGUUUAACAAGUAUGAAAAGUCUGCUUCUUUGGUCAGCAAAAAAAAAAUUGACAAUGUUGUAGGAAAAGCUUGGAAUAUGUUUGCUUCCAAAGCCUAUAUUCACCAGUACACAAAAUUCGGAAUUGAAGAGGAAGAUUUCCUGGACAGCUUCACAGCUCUGGAACAAGUUAUCUCCAGUUACACCAGCCUUUGAUUUUUUUGAAAUGGUCUGAAGUAGAGCUUUCCUGAAAGAAUCCAGCACUUGAAAACCUUCCAUCAACUUCCUGAAGUAUAUAAAUUACUGGACCGUAAUUAUUUUUCAGUCUUGUAAGCAGUGUGUGCAUGUGUUAGAAUAGUAAGAACUGAAUCAGAACUGAAUACAUUCUUAUAUGGGCUGGUAUUAUUAAUAUUUAAUAUCUCUAAUAAACAGCUACUUUUCAAUACAUUUGCUAUGUACUGUAGUUAACUCUUUGAACAUCAUUUUUGGCAUGUGCAUAUUUUACAUACAGAAGGAUUU